AUGGAGAUCAAGCACCUGGCCCUUCUGACGUUCCUGGUGAUCACGUACGUCAAGGUCCUUGUGGAGCUCUUUCACCUAAAGACGAACCUGGUGCAGACCUACCAGGCUUUGAGGAGGAUCCACCAGAAUCUCGGGCAUCCUUCCAACCAGGAUUUAGCCCGACAUCUCAAAUUGUCUGGUGCAGGCGAUAUUGCCGUGAAAGCGGCACACUCUCUCCGGUGUGAAACUUGUGCACGUCAUACCGGACCGGGUACCAGACGGCCAGCCAAGAUGGUGCGUGCACUGGACUUCAACCAGGAGGUUUGCCUGGACACCCUCAAUCUCUUCGAUAGCGAGCACAAGAAGAUUGAGACUUUGUCCAUCUUAGACAUGGCCACUGGGUACCACGUCGUGAAGAAAAUCAGUGGCAAGAAGUCUGCCAAUCUUCUCAAGGACUUUAUGGAGGGUUGGGUGAACUGGGCAGGCCCCCCGAUGCGGGUCACCGUGGACCAAGAACGUGGCUUCCUGAAGGAGUUCACCGAUGGGCUGGACAUGCUGGGAUGCCAGAGCAGAGUCAUAGCUGGACAAGCCCAUUGGCAACAAGGUGCAGUAGAACGACAAGGCCAAUGGUAUCGCGCCAUUUGGGACAAGACGAUUGCCCAUGUGGUGCCUUCACAUGACGAGGUCGACUACACUUUGGCCAUGGUGAACUCCGCCAAAAACAAUCUGAGGAGGAGCCAUGGCUACUCCCCUGCACAAUGGCUGUUCGGUGCUGAACCCAGGCUUGGUGAUGCGAUGUUGGACGAGAAUGAGGAGCUCUACCAGCUUGAGGAGUUGAGGUCGAAUGACGAGAUUUGGAGGAGAAAACAACAGAUCAGGUAUGCGGCUCGGAUGGCAUUCAUCCAGUCGCAGACUGAGUCUGCCGUCAAGCGUGCUCUGCUUGGCCGCUCACGUGUGGCCCCUGAGGAGUUCACUGCUGGAGACUACGUCUACAUCUACAGGGUGGACAAGACUGCUGGAGGCAAAGCACGGCAACGUCAAAACGUUGGCGAGUGGAUUGGCCCUGGUGUCGUGAUCGGGAAAGAAGGUUCCUCUUUCUGGGUAUCACGGGGUGGUAGGUGUGUACUAUGCGCUCCUGAACAUCUACGGCCAGCUGAGAGUGAGGAGCUUGGUGCAGCCUUUCAGACAAGGGCUCUCAAGGAGGAUCUGAUGAAGGUGGUAUCCAAUCUGGAGGACGAAGAUGAUGAGGAGGUCUUUGCAGACGCUACAGGUGCAGUUGCCUUGGACAAACGAGCUGCCCCAUCUGACUUCGUGCCUGAAAGAAGGAUGAGGACGAAAGGGAUCGUGAGGAUGCUUAAGAGAGAACUUCCUGAUGGAGGUCCUGAGCAACCAGACCGACCAGCACCGGCGCUUCUACAAGAACGGGAGGCUCAAGAAGGAGAUCAACAAAACGAACCUGAUAUAGAAGAACUUCUUGAUAGAGCACAAGAAGCUAUGGUGGUGGAACGGCGUGUUCCCCGGUGUCUCAUCAAACAACAAGACAAAGAGGUGAGAUGGGAGGACAUCCCGGAAUCUGAACGGCCCCUGUUCAUUGAAGCUGAGAAGAAGCAAUGGCAGGAGCACCUCCACUAUGAGGCUGUGAGGGUACAUCCUCCUGGCGAUGCUGACCUUCUACGUCGUAAAGUUCCUGCUGAUCGGAUCCUGAGGGCGAGGUUUGCCUAUCGGGACAAGAACGUGGCCAAGCGUCGUGAAGACCCUGGAGUACCAGCAAAGGCCAAGGCAAGACUUUGUGUGGGUGGACAUAUGGACCCUGAUCUCAAAAGAGGCGAAGUCACAACAGAAGCGCCAACAGCGUCCAAGACUUCCCUGUUCACCCUCCUCUACCUAGCAUCUCAGCUUGGAUGGAGGCUUGCCGCAGGCGUAGAACCAGGAUCACUCAUUGAGAUCGUGAAAGGAGUUUUUGGACUUUCGAAUAGCCCGCGUCUCUGGUGGGAUAAGUUGGCGGCAGAGUUACUUAGCUUGGAGAUUGUCAUCGGCAACGAGGUCUUGAAGCUUAAGCACCACCAGUUCGAUCCUUGCCUUUUUCUUCUUCGAGAUCAACAUGGAGAAGGAAACCUGCGCGGUGCUAUGGUGACACACGUCGAUGACCUUCUCAUUGCCGCCCCUGCUGGAGAGAUGACGGAGCUGCAGCAAAGUCUCUCUAAGAUCUUCCCUAUCUCCGAUUGGGAGGCUGACGAGUUCGAGUACACUGGCAACCAUCAAGCAGAAGGAUGGCACUAUCGAGGUCCACCAGAAGGCCUAUGUCAACUCGCGGCUCGAGACGGUCAAGCUGACGAGGUCACGGUCAAGGACAACAUGAGCACCGUUGGUGCCCUUUCCUGGCUUGCAGCACAGAGCCGACCCGACCUACAAGCUGGGGAAGAGCCACUACGGUUCACCAAGUUGGCAGAUGAUCCUGGCCAAUUGGUUUUACUGGUUUUCCACGAUGCUGCUUGGGCGAACGCUCCACCAGACCCUGCUGUGGCUGACGCUGCAGACCUGGAAGAAGCUCAGGGACAUGGUGUCUACUCUCAGCUCGGCCACAUCCUGAUCCUAACGACCAAGGAUGCCCUCGCUGGCAAGCCGAGUACGUUUGCUGCCGAGACUAUGUCGGCACUGGGCGGCUGGGAGGAUGGCCUAGCUUUCCGCUCCUACGUCUCCAGCGCAAUCAACCCUGGUGCAUCUGGUGAGGACGAAGCCCGGGAGCUCUUCCCGAUAGUCUCCCUCACUGACUGCAAGUCUCUCUACGACAAUGUGCACCGACUUGGAGGGCCCCGUGCACCGAGCGAGAAGCGGCUCAUCGUGGAUUUGAUGGCACUACGCCGUAUGGUGACUGAUGAAGAUCGCCGUUGGGCCUCUGAACUGCCUGGCAACAAAACAUUCAGGCUCAUGAGUUUGUCCCAGUUUGCGGCAAAACAGUUGCUA